AAUAUUUUCAGGUUCACUGAGAGAUUAUUUUUGUUCCAACUCCAACAGUACUGCAAAAACACCACCAAACAGUUAAACAGCUUCCUUGAAUAUAGUAACAGUUUUGGAGAGUUAGUUUUCAUUGCCUUGCGCAGUCAAACAAGAUCAAUCCCUAGCAGGUGCAGAAUGCCUCAUCUCCUGGACCAUUAUCAACCGCUACCAGCUGCGAUGGGCAGCCCCAAGCUGAAGACCGUCCCCAAGGCAAUCUAUAAUCACCUGCGCGGAUUCCCAAUAGUGAAUGGUGAGCAUGCUCAACUGUCGGCUAAAGUGCAAGACUAUGUGGAACAAUCAGCCGCUCUCUGUCAACCGGACAAAAUUCACAUCGUCGAUGGCAGCGAGGAGGAAAGUAACAUGCUACUAACGAUGCUGCACAGUCAAGGAACAAUUCAACCUCUACCCAAAUAUGAUAACUGCUGGCUUGCUCGAACCAAUCCAGCUGAUGUGGCUCGUGUUGAAUCAAAAACUUUCAUCUGUACUGAAAAUCGUGAGCAAGCAAUUCCAACACCGAAGGAAGGGAUAAAAGGAGCCCUCGGAAAUUGGAUUUCACCGGAGGAUUAUGAUACAGCAAUCCAAAAUCGUUUCCCGGGAUGCAUGAAGGGUCGCACAAUGUAUGUAGUUCCCUUCUCAAUGGGACCCAUUGCAUCGCCCCUGUCCAAGGUUGGAAUUGAAAUAACUGAUUCGGCAUACGUCGUCAAUUCGAUGCGAGUUAUGACUCGAAUGGGACAUGAAGUGCUGGAUAAAUUAGCAGAUAAUUCGGAUUUUGUUAAAUGUCUCCACUCGGUUGGCACUCCAGCGAACGGUAAAAUCAGUAUGCCGUCGUGGCCCUGUGACCCCGAGCGAACUAUCAUCCUGCAUAAACCAGAAAACAACGAAAUCGUGUCCUAUGGCUCCGGAUAUGGAGGUAACUCUCUGCUCGGCAAAAAAUGCUUCGCUCUUCGCAUUGGAAGCACAAUUGCGAAACGCGAGGGAUGGCUUGCGGAGCACAUGCUCAUUCUGGGAAUCACCAACCCGAACGGAGAUAAGAAAUACAUUGCGGCGGCUUUCCCAUCUGCCUGUGGCAAAACCAAUCUAGCGAUGAUGAACCCAACAUUGCCUGGCUACAAAGUGGAAUGUGUCGGUGACGACAUCGCGUGGAUGAAAUUCGACUCGAAAGGUCAACUGAGGGCUAUCAAUCCGGAAAACGGUUUCUUCGGUGUAGCUCCUGGAACAUCGUCAGCCACGAACCCGAACGCAAUGAAAACUAUCCACAAGAAUACUAUAUUCACCAAUGUAGCAUCAACCUCGGAUGGUGGUGUUUUCUGGGAGGGAAUGGAGGAUGAGCUUACCCCAGGAGUACAAAUCACUGACUGGCUCGGACAACCAUGGACUCCCAAUCAAUCGAAGAAUCCUGCUGCUCAUCCUAAUUCACGAUUCUGCGCACCUGCCAGCCAAUGUCCUAUCAUUGAUCCAGCUUGGGAGGACAACGAAGGAGUUCCAAUAUCUGCCAUUCUUUUCGGAGGACGCCGUCCAGAGGGUGUUCCGUUGGUAUACGAAGCCAACUCUUGGUCUCAUGGUGUUUUCAUCGGAUCGGCAAUGCGUAGCGAAUCAACAGCUGCCGCCGAGCACAAGGGCAAAGUAAUCAUGAAUGAUCCAUUUGCGAUGCGUCCAUUCUUCGGGUACAACUUUGGAGACUAUCUACAGCACUGGCUAAGUAUGGAACAGCGAGCGGCUCAGGCGGGAGGUGAUGCUCCAAAGAUAUUCCACGUGAACUGGUUCCGGAAGGAUGGCCACGGUAAAUUCCUAUGGCCCGGUUUCGGUGAAAAUAGCCGCGUGCUGGAUUGGAUCAUCCGGCGGAUCGACGGUGAGGAGUGCUACCAGCAGACACCGAUCGGACGAAUCCCAUCGCAGGGAUCAAUCAAUCUGGACGGUUUGAAUCAACGAGUAGACGAAAAGCAGCUGUUCUCAAUUCCCAAGAAAUUCUGGCUGAAGGAAGUUGAUGAAAUAAAACAGUACUACGAUAACCAGCUUCCACACGAUUUGCCCCAACAGAUCGGCAACGAAUUGCAGGAUCUGAAGAAUCGGGUAGAGCAGAUGUGAAGAAAGGUUUACGCGCGAUGAUGUAAUUUUAACACUAGUCUAUUCUUCCCUAAGUAUUAAUGUCUAGAUUGUAAGUGAAAAGUACAGGAAUAAAUCCAAAUAUUAUCGAUUAAUCGUUUCGAUACUAGUCCAA